AUGUCGGUGGAAUCGCUGACCGACUCUGAGCUUCGUAGUAAGCUCGCAGAGUAUGGUUAUCCUGUCGGACCAGUCACCCAGACCACCAGGAAGAUCCUCGUUAAGAAGCUCAAGAAUCUUAUUGAAAGUCGAGGAGCCUCUGGGUCACGUCAUUCACUCGCCGCCAGAUACAGCAGCGAUGAUACCGACGAAGACACCGCGUCAAGCACCACGAGGAAGAAAAAACCGGCAACUAACCGUCGCCAAACAAUGGCGAACCCGAUGCCGCCACCAGCACCCGCGCCGCCAGUGUCGACGAGCAUACCCUCACGCAGUCCCUCCAAACGACGUGCUGGCUCCAGGACAUCUGAAACCAAGGAAAUAGUUUCUGUUCCAGAGUACGAGGAGCCGACGAGUAACUCUUCGUCUCGGGUAAUGAAGAGUGUCACCAAGAAAAUCACCAAGUCUUACAAGCUCUCGACAGUCAACGACGGCUUGGAGACCGGCUCGGACUCAGACAUCCCCGAGGAACCUGAAAAGUCCUCCAAGUUACAGAAUGAAAAGUCUGACUCUAGGAAAGACCGCAGCUCGGCUGACGUCGAGAAACCUUCUGCCAAGUCUUUCGGUGAACCAAGACCCUCCAAGUCUUACGAGUCAAAGACCUACGAGCCAGUACCCAGGGUCUCACUUUCUCGGGAAGAAAAAUACUCAGUGCCUCUUUUCAAACCUAAUAUCUCCCCGAUAGCUCCUGUUAAGGAAGAUAAUUACAAGCGUGAUGAUACUAAUGUUAAUGAUCUGCUUGCCAACUACGAGAGUCCUUUCCUGUCUGAAUUCACUCGCAGGCUCAGCUCUCAAACUAAAACCAACGUACUUCCGUCAAGAUCUAACUUUAAAAGCACAGGGUUGAAAUCUACACGUUCGGAUAGCAAAGACAGCGACACCAAUGGCCAUUUUUCAUCGACUAAGUCUUCGUAUAGCUCCAGAUAUGUAUCUUCGUCAAACGACAGGCCUAGAGAAGUUGUAACCAGAAGUUACAAAGCUCCAGUUUCUAAAGAAGACAGUAGGAACAGCCAAAGCAUGGUCUCAAUGGUACUCUUAAUGGUCUUGGCCCUUUUCUUCAGCGGGCUGGCUAUUGUUUACUUGGGUCUUGGUGGUAAAUCCGAAACUGUUCCAUCACUCCCGAUGGACAAUGAAGUACCGCUGUGUAAAAGUGAUCACGACAAGCCAGGUGUUAAUUGUAUACUCGAAGAAAACGUUGAGACUGUGAUGCAAUUACUGAAAACGCUUCGGCCUAAACUGAUGGAAAGAGCUGUCGCCGCGGCGUGCGAAAAUUCCCUACAACCGGCUUAUCUUACAGACUUUGAUAUCAUCAAUAUGUAUAAGAGUCAAAAAGUGAAAGAGCUGGAAAUUACAAGCGACUUGCACGAUGCUCAGCUUUUAGUUUUUGAGAAUCCUAAGUGGGGAAUUUCUUUAAUUGAAAUUGAAGGAGGAAAAAAUCCUAGAGAAUCUGUUUUUGAUUCAAUGGAAAAUGUAUUCCAGUCAAGAUUGGAUAAUAAAGUAGCAAUGGUGAUGUUAAACCCGGAGUUACCAAUGAUGUGUAUGAUAAAACAAAGAAUAAUGAGCAUAUUAUCAACAUUAUUAUUUAUGAUUGCUGGGGUAGCGUUGGUAUUCGGCGGUCACCUGUGUGUCCAGUGGUACAUAAAGUACAAAAAGUCAACUGAGAGAGAAGUAUUCCAGCUUGUGAGUGAAAUAAUCAGCAUGGUGGAGCUUCACCACCAGAACGCGAUGACCACGAGCCCCGGAGGAACCCAAGAAAGUUUCCUGGCGAUAAACCACGUCCGUGACAACCUGAUCCCUCCGAAAGAUCGCAAAAAAAUGGCUGGACUGUGGGAAAAAGCGGUGAAAUUUUUGGAUGAAAACGAGUCACGAAUCCGUCGCGAAGUUCAACAAGUAGCAGGAGAAGAGUUUCACGUGUGGCGUUGGCUCCCCAAUGUCAACAGCUCACCUCCAACUACUCCAGUUGGUAGUAAGAAGACUAAAGUGUGGCAAGGACAGGCCUUUGAGACCAUGGAAGGUUCCGUCAAUAGUCUCACGUGUUCGCCUACUCCUUGCUUGAAAAUUCGUCAUAUGUUUGACCCGGAUAUGGAAUUUGAAGAAGAUUGGGAAAUAAAAGUGCAGGAUGCCAUUCUGGAAAAAUGCGGCGAAGGUGUUAAAAUUCUUCAUAUCAGAGUCGAUCGCGGAAGCCGUGAAGGAUGCGUCUACAUGAAAUGCUUUUCGCAAGAAGACGCUGGUAAAGCUUAUCGUGCUCUCCACGGCUGUUGGUUUGAUGGGAAUCUCGUAACUGUUAAAUAUUUACGACUAGAGCGGUAUCAUGAACGUUUUCCUGGUGCAGUUCGUUGUAAUAUUCCAUUAAAGCCGAGUAAUAAUCAACGGCUCUCUAUGCAAGCACACUAUUGGCAAAGUCCACUGGAAGCCAAUUAA